UCCCGCCCAGCAAAUGAUGGAUUGAUCUAACGUACAGAGUUCAAAGAACAGUGUGUUACUGGAAAUAGGAGCAGUUGAUAGGAUAAUUCAAAAGGGAAAGGGUGAAAAUAUGUAUUUACGGGUGUAAGUUUGAGAGGAGCGUGGCGCAUGAAUGGCUGGCUGGGAUGAGGCUGAGAGCUGAGGGCUUACAGAAUGAGGAUAACCGUGUACAACUACAGCAGUGGUGACAUAGCCAGGUGUCACUUACCCCUGCUCAUCGGGGACGUGGAAGCCUUUACCUGCCAAGAUGAGGAGAUCGAGGUUUGGAACGACAGCAUUCCCGGCGAGGCUGCCAGUAAGAUGCGCUGGCCAGUCAUCGAGGGAUGUUUCAAGGCAUUGGUGAGGCUAAGGCGUGGCUUGAACACUAUAAAGCUGAAAUUUGGCGCAGAUGAAACCACAUUGACAUUAGCAUUUGAAUAUCUCAAGGCAGCAAAUUUUGUCCGACCAGUUUACAUCGUCUGCGCUGAUGACAAUGGUCAUAUCCAAGGGCCCGACUCUGAAGACUGCUCAGCCGAUUCAGCGAGGCAGAGGAUUAUUUUGGGCGCCCAGCUUAUACAGUGCUUUACCUCCGAAAAAAUGAGAGAGCAUGGAUUUGAUCGGAAUACAUUCCAAUUAGAACUGGACUCAGAGGAAAACCCUGUCUGCCACCUGUUUAAGAGUAAACUGAGACUAGAGGAGGCAUACAAAAUGUCGGGAAAUGAUCUAUGGUCUUACUUCGGCAGGGAACUUAUGACAUCUUCCAAAUUUAGCAACAAAGACCGGUGCAAGUGGUAUUGUUUCAUGUCUUUCACACGUUAUAACCCUCCAGAUGGAGUCCUCCCUAAAACCCACAGCGAAAUUCUUCAGUACACCAAGGGCCACACAGCAUUAGGUGGCGGUGGUUUAGCCUUUGGGACGGGUAAUUUGCAUACUUGGGCAGCCAGUCUUGAGGAAGUGGUGAUGCGAUUUACUGACGAGAGAAAAAUCGACCGUUCUGUUCUGAUGGAUGACAGUGCCUACAGAGAAUAUCACUGGGCGAAUUAUGCAACUGGACUAGGUGCUUCCCUUCAUGAACUGGGCCACACAUUUGACCUGGCCCAUACACCCACAGGAAUCAUGGCACGGGGAUUUGAUGACCUUCACAAGGUCUUCACUGUACAGAGGUCAAAGGUCAGCAGUGCUGAGUCGAGAGAGUCGAUCAAGAGCACUGCCUCCUACGGCCGUGACAGUUUACCUCGCAAUCUGUCUGAAGGAGAGUUUGACCUUGGUGUGGGGAAUUUGACCUUGGAAAGUCAUGCCCGUCGGUAUAGGGAUGUCUGCUAUGACAGUCCUGUUAAAAAGAGUAGAGGAAGCCAUGUGAACCCUCCCCCGUUAGUGGUUAAUGUGGAGACCGGGUUUCGCCCCAUCAUCCGCCCUACCUCCAUGACGAUCUCAGUGAAGAACUACGAUGGUACAGAGACACGACGCACGAUUAUCAGUCAGGACGACGACUCCAGCACUGAGGCUCUGGCUGACAGCUGUUCUAGCGUGAGCUCAAAUGCAUCUACCUCGUCGCUCUCCCCGACAUCUUCACACCCCUCUACACUGCCAAACUCGCCAGAGGGAGGCGACUCGGACCUCACGUUACCGGACAUUAAAUUUGCAGAUGAUGGUGCCCAUUGGUACAGAUCCUCAGCUGUUCUCCUCAAACAUCACAAGUGGUUUAACGCUGCUUCACCGUCAGACCCCAGAAAACUUCCAGACAUCUCUGGGGGUAAGGUGAAGAGUCGUGCGGGGCUACGUCUGGUGGAAGUCCGCACAGACCCCGAGGGUAUGGUGUUCCACCACUGGGAGUUCCUUGUCCAUCCACCCAUCGAGUUCACCCUCAAACUUGGCCGCAUGAAAAACCUGCCGGAAAAUGCUGUCAGCAUUACAUGUUUGGCUGAAGACACCUACGGGAACAUUGUGAAGCGGAAAGUCAAGGUGGCUGACCUGCCGAGGUGAUCUGCGGCUUGUUGAGACGUCUGGAA